GAGUCAGCGGGCACGCCGGGCAGAAGCGACAAGGGCUGCUGGCGGGUUAGGCAGCCGCUGCCUUGCGGUGCUGCGUAGCGGGUGCACGGAGUUGGGCCAGUGGGGGGUCCUGGGGCGUAGCUGGGGCACGGGAGGGUCCUUGGGGCGCGAGAAGCUCCGGUGGCGGCGCUCGGGAUAAUGCUCCGCUUGCGGGCGCAGCCCACGGGGAACGGCUGGGCGGCCCGGGGCUCCCGUGCCAAUCGUCCCAGAUUGCUUUGCGCAUGCGCGGCUCCUUUCCCUCCAGCCGCACGUGGCGGCGGCAGCGCUGGGCGGGAAGCGGCUGGGCGCUGCCAGGUGGCACCUUUUGCUAGACUUCAGUUUGGCUGCCCAUGGUCAAUCCAGCUGUUUUAGCCCCAAGAGGGCCCAGUGUAAGAGCAGAUGUCAUUCUUCAUCAGCUAUGGAAGACUGAGGCUCAGUAACUCCAGCACAGAUUGGAGUUGGGGGAAAAUUUCACCCCCCAACACAGACUAAAGACAGGGUGAAGCUGUAAGCCUAACUCUACUGUAAUGACUCCCUACCGUAAGGGCCAAGAGCACAACAUAGUUGGCUCUGAAAUGUGGGAGGGGAUUAGAAUAAAUUGGAAAAUUCUGCCUUGUGGUUCAGUGAGGGCCUGUUAAUGAGUUACUGAGACAGGUGGGUCCCCAGCACAGUUGUAAUCAGCCACGGUACUUGGACAUGGCAAAGUAUCAGGACACACAAUGCCAGGAUGUUGUACAGGAUAUACAGUCCCCUCUGGCCCCUGCAUGGGAAAACCUGCAGCUGCCAGAGCUCAUGCAGGGGCAUGGUACUGAGGCCUGUUUGUCUACCUUCGAACGAGUGGCUGAAGCUUGCCGGUGGCCUAGAGGAGAAUGGGUGACACGACUUUUACCAGCCCUCCGAGGAAAAGCCCAACAGGCUUCUAUCAGUCUGGACACCAGAGACAGUAGAGACUAUGGGAAAGUGAAGGCAGCCAUCCUGCAAGAGUAUGGCAUCAGCCCAGAGAUGCAGCGCCAGCACUUCAGGCAGUUCUGUUACCAUGAUGUCAAGGGGCCCCAAGAGGUUUACAGCCAACUCCAGGAACUUUGCCAUUGCUGGCUGAAGCCAGAGAUCCAUACCAAAACGCAGAUCAUGGACCUGUUGGUCCUGGAGCAAUUCCUAACCACCCUGCCAGAGGAAAUGCAGAACUGGAUCUGGAAACAUGGUCCUGAGACCUGCACUGAAGCGGUGGCCCUGGCAGAGGGUUUCCAACUGGAACAGCCAGAGGCUGGGAGACGGGGGCUACAGGUCAUUGUGCGGUUUCAAGGUUGAAGAAGUGACCUCAGAGAAGAUGGCAUCCUCUAGAGCGUUAUCGGAAUCUUCUGCCUCCCAGCUGGAACAGCCACAGCCCAAUUUGGAGCAUAUAUCCCAAGGGGAACUGAUAUGGAGCAAACCCCUGGAACCCCAGUAUGAGCCACCCUCUGUCUCCAGAGAGGACCUCCAGCCCCUCCAGAAAAUGGUUGUUGUGAUCUUGAUUGAAGAUGAGGAAGUGAAUCCUUGGCAGGAAGCGCUCAAGGAAGUCGGAGUGCACGAGAUGUCAUCUGGAGGUCAGAAAAGGAGCAUAUCUCAAAACCAGGACUCAAGAGGUCAGAAGAGGAGCGUGUCUCAGAACCUUGAUCUGGGAAAAGCCUGUGGGAACCAGCACAGCUCAGAGAGUCAACAGGGAAACCCCCCAGGGGAGAGCUGCAGUAAGCCCACUCCCCAUGGGGGAGAUGUAAGAGACCUCAAAGACAUCACAGUUCCCCAGAAAACCUCUCCAGAACAGAUCCCUUUUCAGUACACUGAGUGUGGGAAACUCUUCAGUCGCAAGUCAAACCUUCUCCAGCACCAGCGAAUGCACAAAUCCUACAAGUGCACCCAAUGCUGGAAGAGCUUCAAUCACAACUCAGCACUGACCCAGCACCAGGAGAUGCACUGUGGGGAGCACACUUUUGAGUGUGCAGUGUGUGGCGACCACUUCACAUGCAGCUCCAGCCUCGUCAUCCACCAGAAAAUACAUUCAAAGGAGAAACCUUACCGGUGCACAGAGUGCAGGGAGUGCUUCCUCACCAUCCCUGAGCUUGUGUCCCAUUGGGGACUGCACACAUGACAAACUGUGAGCAAGUAAACAGCAGGUCUGGAAAUAGAAACAAGGCCCUCUGAAUCGGGGUUGGUGUCUUAUCCAGGGACCAUUCUGAUGGUCUGUAUGUCGGUCUGGUCUGUCCAUUAAAUUAAUAGAGUCCAAAGCCAAAAUGGACCAUUGGAACUUCCCUGAAAUAAUUCCUAGCUGUAUGUGGAUCACAGUGCCAGAAUAUGUUCUGAGCCUCCCAGAUUAGAGGCAAAGACAGUCCUUGCUCCAGAGAUGCCACAGGAUUCAUAUCUAAAGAACAUUUGUUUUUGUACAUAAUUAAAUAUCUCAAAUAAAUGAGAUAAAUAAAUGUCUC